AUGCCCGAGGCAGAGGGCUCUCAAGCUCAAACUCGACCACAGCGCCCUAAUCGUGGUAGACAUCAUGGCCACCGAAGAGGUCGUGGUGGUAAAAGCCAUCAACCAGUAGAUGGUUCUCGUGUUGGGGGCACGUCUGCCUCCACUCAAAGCGAGACUAAUCAAUCACAAAUUGGCACUUCUGCCACACAAACACACGCCGAGGCACAAGCUCAAACCUCAAGCAGGUCAAAUCCGGAUGGCCCCAGUUCAAAUCAGAGAGGGAGAGGUCGCAGGGCUCGUGGUCCACGGACAGGAGGCCGUGGCGGGGUGAGAAGUGAUGCCCCGAGACCUUCUGCUCAAAGAGCUUUUGGUGGCCAUUUAACCAGUGCAACUGCUGAGACUGGCGAUGAUGAUUCGGUUUCCGUUGCUGCGUCACUGAGUGCUGAUGCCCCAGAAUUCGUCCCCGGCCAACCGAUCGUGACUCGAAGCAAACCUACCAAACCCAGGGCUUCAACAAGACCGCAAACAAGGCUUCCAAAGUCUACUGCGGAGGACUUAGGAACCAGGAUUCAUGAGGAUAUCGCCAAUUUCAAUUACGAAUGUGCAAUUUGCACCGAUGAUGUUGUCCGAACUUCGCACGUGUGGUCUUGCACUCUCUGCUGGACUGUUGUCCAUUUGAGGUGUGUCAAGAGGUGGCACGACAACCAGAAAAAACAGCAGGACUUACAGUCUUCCGAGCCUCAGCAAGAAUUUUCUUGGAGAUGCCCCGGAUGUAACUCAAAACUAUCCGAUGACCCUGGAUCAUAUCACUCCUGCAACGAAUCUUCUGCAUGUACCGCCAAAGCUACCAUCUCCUGCCCCUGCGGUGUUCGCAGCCAAGAAGUCAAAUGCCUCGCCAGCAGCUCGAACCCAACGCCAACGCGCCCCGAGAUCAAAUGCGACGACGAGUGUCUACGUCUCGAACGCAAUCGCCGUCUCGCAGCCGCGCUCAACAUCGACCCUUCGUCCCAUCAAAACGACCACGUUCCCUACUCAGACACCACUCUCCGCCUCUUCAAGGAGAACACGUCGUGGGCUGAAACGCAAGAACGUGAAUUCCGAGUCUUUGCCAAAACGCCUAACGAAGUCCGUCUCCGGUACAAGCCCAUGAACACCACGUACCGCCAGUUCCUGCACCUCCUCGCCGAAGACUACGGCCUAGACAGUCGCAGCGAGGACGUCGAACCAUACCGGUACGUCAUCGUCUUCAAGGGGCCACGGUUCGUCUCCGCGCCCAGCAAGACACUAUCGCAGUGCAUCAAAAUCAGAGCCACGCAGGCCGCCGAAGCAGCCAGCGCAGCCGCGUCCCGCGCGUCCUCUCCGCCCGUUACCAACCCCUUCAACGGGUUUCUCCUCACAAGUCCUCGCUUCGGACUCACCAUUGAAGACGUCAAGGCCGCUAUAGACAUGGACUUGUCAGCCCACCCAUCCGUCCACUUUGAAAUCACGUUCCCCCCAUCAGAAGAGGUGCUCCUCCGCGCCACGACAUCCUACUCAUCUUUCCUGUCGCCCACGGCCCUAGAGCAAACGCUCGUUUCUCUAAAGCCCCGUCUCGCAAAGACCAUUGAGGCCACAGACCUAGCCGGCAAGAUACUACUAUGUCAUGUUGAUUCCGCAGGCACAAUCAGUCGAAGAGACGACACCACCAAGGACGCAUCUGGUUGGAGUGCCGUCGCCGGAAGAGCAGCCAGGGUCGAAACUCCUGUUGAAGAAGCGCCCGUCACAACAGGACGACGACUAUUAGGACUACGAAAGAAGAAGAUCGAGAGGGAAAAGUCAUGGACACAAGAGCUAGACGGCGAUGUAGAGUGCUAA